GGUGAAGGAGCGCUGCGGGCGGCGGCGCCCGGGGAGCGCUCCCUCCUGCCGCGGCGGCGGGACAGGACCGGACCCUCCGGAGGGCCGUCUCCGGUGCUCAAACGGGCGGGUCCGUCUCCGGUACCCCCCCGGGGGCGGUAGGCCGCAGCGGGUCCGGACCGGCUGACUGGGCCGGGACCAGGUAGCGUGGAGCCAUGGCCAUCCUGUUCGCUGUGGUGGCCAGGGGCACAACCAUCCUGGCCAAACACGCCUGGUGCGGAGGGAACUUCCUGGAGGUGACGGAGCAGAUCCUGGCAAAAAUACCUUCUGAGAACAACAAACUGACCUAUUCUCAUGGAAAUUAUCUGUUCCAUUACAUCUGCCAAGACAGGAUUAUAUACCUCUGCAUCACAGACGAUGACUUCGAACGAUCCCGAGCCUUCAACUUCCUGAAUGAAAUCAAGAAGAGGUUCCAGACCACCUACGGCUCGAGGGCACAGACCGCCCUUCCCUACGCCAUGAACAGCGAGUUCUCCAGCGUCUUGGCCGCGCAGCUGAAACACCACUCGGAGAGCAAGGGCAGCGACCAGGUGGCAGAGACACAAGCUCAGAUCGAUGAGCUGAAAGGAAUCAUGGUCCGGAACAUCGACCUCGUGGCACAAAGAGGAGAGAAGCUGGAGUUGCUGAUCGAUAAAACGGAGAACCUGGUGGAUUCGUCAGUCACGUUCAAAACUACCAGCAGGAACCUUGCCAGAGCCAUGUGUAUGAAGAACCUCAAGCUGACCAUCAUCAUCGUCAUCGUAGCAAUUGUGAUCCUCUACAUCAUCCUGUCGACGGUGUGUGGGGGGCUGGCGUGGCCCAGCUGCGUGUAGACGUAACCGGGGGCGGCUGGUGCUGGUCACUUGGAGACGAGAAUGGCAGGAGAGGGAAGAAGCAACCUCCAGAAAUAACUCCUCAUCUCUCACUACUGACACCUCCUCAUUCUCCCAUCCCUCCAGGACUUCAGACUCCUUUUGCCUUAUCACCCCAAACAGGCCCAGCCGGUCCCUGCUUCUGUGCAGAACCUUGAGAAUGGGCUGGUUUAAAUUACUUGAAGGGAUUUAUUAUUUUA